GUCGCUGUCGCUGUUGCUGCCUCUGUCGACUGCAAUGCGUUGCGUUGAAGCCGGACGCCCGGCGGCCCUUUUCUUAACGGUAAUAUUGGCGGAAGCCGCAUCUAUGGCUGCGACUGCUGAUGGACGUUGUAUAAAAGCUGAGCUCAGUCGGGGAAGUGGCAUCAUUCGUUGACCAGGAACAGCGCGAAGCACAGCUCAGCGUUUCCACACACAAGAGAGCGAGAUAGAGAGAGAGAGAGAGAACACAAAGAGUAAAGCACCAUGAAGAUCUUCAUUUGUCUGUUGGCCACGCUGUGCGUCUGCAAUGCCACAUUUCUGUCGCUGCUCGGCGGCGGAGGUGGAGGUGGAGGAGGCGGAGGUGAAACCAAGACCACCUACAAUGUCAUAGCAACACCUCAUGGCGGCGGCGGCGGUGGCGGCGGAGGAGGAUCUGCUCAUGGUCAUGGCUACUCACAUGGAGGUCACGGAGGAGGCGGCGGUGGCGGAGGUGGCUCCGCGCAGCUCAUCAAGAUCAUUCUCGAAGAUGGCAAUGGACAAGGUCACGGGCAUGGACAUGGUCAUGGUCACGGACACGGAGGUGGCGGCGCCUCCGCUGGUCACAGCUACGGUCAGGGCUAUGCCAGCGGUCACAGUCACGGCAGCUACGGCGAACAGGUUUACAAGGUGAUCGAACAACCCGCUGCGCCCAUUGCGCCCACCGCUUACCAUGGCGGCUCCUCCGGUGGCUACUCUUAUGGCAGCUCAUCCUAUGCCGCAGGUCAUGGCUACGGCAGCGGCUCCUCCCACUCCCAUUCCCACGGCUCGCAUUCCUCUUCAGCCUAUCAGCUGAAUGCCAUUCUCCCGCAGAUCAUUCAACUUGUGCUCCAGGAAGAUGCUUUGGGUCAUGGCGGUUCCUCCUCUGGAGGCGGUGGCUAUGGAAAUGUGGAUGCCCUCAAUGGACAGCUGAUUGAUGCCUUCGGCCAGAAGGGCAAAGCAAUCAUCAUGCGUGCUGACAAAGCUCAAGGCGCCUUCUUCAACAGCGGACAUGUGGUGCAACGUGGCACCCUCAAGGUGAUGCAAGUUCGCGACCAGUCGCAGCAGCAACAGCGUCAGGGAGGAGGCGGUGGCCUCUGGAGUCUCUUUGGCGGCGGCGGCAGCGGCUCGAACUCAGCUGGCGGCAGUGGAUGGAGUCAGGGAGGCGCCUCUUCGGGAGGUUGGAGUCAGGGAGGAAGCUCUUCCGGUGGUUGGAGUCAGGGAGGAAGCUCCUCGGGUGGUUGGAGUCAGGGUGGUGCUUCAGGCGGUGGCUGGAGCCAAGGAGGCAGCUCAGGCGGCGGUGGCUGGAGUCAGGGAGGCAGCUCCGGAUGGUAGAGAGACAGAGAAAGGGAGAAAGAGAGGGAGACGCUCCUUUCCCCUCCUCUCCCUACUUAGUUAGACCAAAUCAAUUGUUUUUUUUUUACCAUAUUUUUUUUUUA